AUGUCUUCUACCUCUGCCACCAAGCAGCUGCAGACAGAUCGGUACGGAGUACCGCAGUUUGCUGCAAAAGUCGAAUUGGUCGGAGCUUGGGACCUUUACUAUGCCUACGAAGCUGAAGCUGUGCGGAAGCUCGACCACACCAAGCCUCGCACCAAGACUUCCGAAGGGAAGCCAACCGAAGAAGGCAUGAAGCUCCUGAUCAAGACACUUCGUGACAGUCUUGCUCAGGAAGCUCCGGUCCGUGUCAACGAGCUGUUCCUCGACUACUUCUACAGUGGUCAGUCUUGGAGCAAGCCCAAUGAGACGAUGGCUCAACGCAUCGUCCGACGCGAGACCACCUUCGUCUGGUUGAAGGAGGCAAGCCCUGAGACCGCUCUCUCCGACAACCUCAAGUGCAUGCUGCUCCUGAUCUUCUCUGGUUUGGAGCCGAGCAUCCUCGCCAGCGUCGGCGACGAGUAUGACUACAAGAAGGUCAGCCAUCCUGUCGUUCGCAAGGACUACCUGCGCGCUGGCCGCGGCGGUCAGCAGCUCCACGGAAGCUCGAUGGAAGCAGUUUCCUCAACGCCAGAAGCAAUUUCAUACUGGGAAGAUGAUGACUAUGCCCAGGAGGAUGACGCCUACCUUGGCAAUAUCAACGAUGAGAGCUUCGUCAACAAAACUCUGAUGAUCGCAGAGGACCUUGAAGGCUCAGAAGUGGCUGAGGCCUAUGCCACGAUUGCUCAACACCGCGGCGGAUUCAAGAAGAAGUUCGUCAAGCAACUGCAAGAGAGCUCUUCAUCCCAGAGUUUUCCCUUCAAGGCGCGCCAAGGAUCAGCGCAAGGCCACCGUCAACUUCCUCAAGGGUAUGACACAGGAAAGGGAAGUCAGUCUUCAUCCUCGUCACCAAAGAAGGCAGCUUCACCGCCCAAGAAGAGCAGCUCCUCCUACUUUGUCUUGCGCAAGCGUAUUGAGUCUGCUGACGAAGAGAGGCCAAGACCUUUGCGACACAGAAUGCCACGCCCUCGGCAGAGACCUCUCUUUGACGGACCUGCCAACUGGAUGCCCAUGGACAGUUUGUCACCGAAGAGCAAGACCUUUGAGGAUCACCUUCUUCGCCUACCUCAUCUUCUACGCCUGAGAAGCCGCGUGGUGAUGAAUGGGGUCUACUCUCUCAAGACUUUCAUCGAAGUGUCUUCGCUGCCCGAGUUCAGCUGGUUUUGCGCAACAGCCAUCACGCAUGCCUUGCAGAACGAGCUGGUCUAUUGGUUUGCCUUCUACAUGCACUGCAACGUCCAGUUGAUCUACCAAGCGGGCAUGGCUUCACGUGGACACAUGGCCAUCAGCCUCCUCAACUUCCAGGACAACGAAGAGUUCUUCAAGAAGUUCGCGCCCAACGAGGGGCAGCUUUUUGCCGGACAAAUGGGCCUCAUCACACUCAUGGCCACGCUUUUUUGGCAUGAUGGCUGGAGUCCCGCCCGCGACGUCUUUGUGGAGCAGCCCUUUGGUUCCGACAGCGUUGAGGAGCUGGAGAUGAAACCUGUCCGCGGGCUCAUCGCAAGCGGACGCCUCCUUGCUCUGAAGGCGGCCGAGUGGCCACAGGAAUUGAAUCGUUUGGUCAUUGAUUGCGCUUUGCAGCAGGCCAACAUCGAGACCGAUGUCUUCAAAGAGCCCUCAUGGGACAUCACAGGUGCCACCUUGACGCCGCUGGAUUCCAAGCAGCUUCCUGCCUUGGAGAACUUCAGGUGGAUCACCGCACUUCUACUGGAUCCGUUUCGGCUCCAGCUCACUGGCGAGCAAACGCACUUUGCAUCUGAAGAUGAGCUACUUGCUGCCCACUGCGCCCCUCACUAUGCAGUACAAGGAGACCGAGGGGCAAGGUCCUUCAUCGAUGCAGGGCGCGGCCAUCAGGACACAGCGCUCCACUACCACCUCCUGCCAAGGAUGACGAUGAGCAAGGCCACCAUGCAGAGAUCGAGCAAGUUGACAAAGAGUAUCCCUCUGCAGCAAAAUCAAGAUGUGUUGUCCAAGGAUGCCAAGAAGAUGGACACGGCGUGCUGCCUUCAAACCAUUGCCGCCAUGAAGAGUUGGGCGAUCGCUUCAUUUGACGCAGCAUAUCUCCAGUCACAGUGCGUCUCAAGGCUCCUGAUCUUGAGAGCAGCGAGGCCACUUCCACCAGGAGUACGACCAGGCACUUUGUUUAGCGCCAAGGGCAGCGUCUAUGGAACCAAGGAUGCUGGCAGAAUCUCCUUCGAGACGCUCAAGCCGUGGGUUGGAUUCAAUGCAAGCUGGAGUAAAGCGAUGUUUUUCCCCUAUGACGAGGACAAUGUGAACCUCGUCGGCAUCAUGGCAAGCCACGUGGACGACCUCAUCGUUUGCGGUUCAGGUGAAAAGUAUGAAGAACCCAUGGGAAAGCUCCCUGUCGAACUCCACCUCAAGAAGAACGCCAAGAAGUUCCGUUUCUGCAGCAAGAACCGUGUCCAACGCGAGGGCUACAGCGUCUCCCUCGAACAGGUCGAUGCCAUUGAGGCCUUAGAGUAUACCUCGACAAGCGUGUGGGAUGGACUGCGCGGCAAACACGGCUCGGCUGGACAGCCAGGUCAACGUGAGCGUUGCCUCGCAAACUAUAUGGGUCACCCAAAGAUCAAGGACGCGAUCGCCCUGAACAAAGCAGCCAAACUUCCCAAGGACAGUUCAGAUGCGCUUUGGUGCUUCAUUAAAUCCGAUCUCAGUCUGGAAAACUGCAUGGUCUUCGGCUGUGCAGAUUCCUCCUUCGCCAACGCUGAGGGCAUGAAGUCCCAGCGCGGCUAUGUGACCGGCGUCACCACCAAAGACCUCACAGAGGGCAAGUCCGCUCCAGCCAUGAUCUUGGAGACCAACUCCAGCUCCAUCAAGCGUGUGUGCAGGAGCACGCUAGCAGCUAAAGCAAAUGGCUUCCUGGCUGGAGUGGAAGUCACCAUCUCUGUCAACGCCCUCAUCCGGGAGAUCCUCGACCCCGGACUGACAGGUCUGAAUUUCCACAGCAGCAUGCAGCGUGAAGCAGCAUGUCACAAUGGGUGCGCUGCGUCCAGCCUUUUACCGCGCACCGUUUCGACCCUGGAAGGUGCCGCGGGUUAUCAUGGAACCGCUGUCGCUCGAGUUUGCAGCGCAGCUUUGCAAUCCUACAGCUUGAGAAAUCUGUACUCAAUGAAGCUGAUCAUUCUGGUCGUGCAUCUCAUCCUCACCUUGGGUGCCAAGUAUCGGUCGAUUCCUGAUACCCACCUCGCUGCUGUGAACACGACAAAGGUUGAGUCAGACGUGGCAGAGACACAGGCAGCAGACGAAGAAUCGGAUUCAGAUUCCGAUGUUGCAACCGUGGACGAACAAUCGGACGAUGCCUCAGAACAGUCUGAGUCAGACUCCGUGUCCGAUGCAAGUGACGCAAGCGAGACCGACUCUGGAGACGUUGACACGGAUGCGAACAUGCGCAAUGUAAGCUUUCUGGAGAUGAGCAUGAAGGAGACACGAAUCCAAAACAUUGUUGGGGUGGGCAACGUGCUAGUCAGGGAUGAUGUGAAAGAAGGUGUGUGGGUCCUCUUGAUGAAGUUGAGCAAGAACGAAUUCUGCCACAACAGUCCCAGGUGGACCGAUGGAAAAGGUUUCAACGAAGACAAGAUGUUGGACGAGAACCUUCCAAAUCACAAGGAGUAUGAUGCGAAAAGCAUCGCGUUCCAUACGCUCAAUGGCAUCGACACCAUCAAGCUGCAAACAGACUCGGCAGCUUUUGACGAAGCUCCUGAAGUGCACUUUAAACAUGAAGGCACUGCUGAGAAGCUAAUCACAACGAACGAGAUCGCGAUCUUGGGAACUGGGGAUUUCAACACCAAGAAGUACUGGCAGCGAUGGAGCAAGGCCUUCAAAAAUUCGCGCAACCUGGCCCCCGCUUUCAUGCGCGCAGACAAGUUCGUGCGUGACCCAGCACCGGAGUGCCGCACAAACCCAACAGACAACCCUUCCGGCUGCGGCAAGGCGUGUGUUUUCUGCAUGCAAGCUGCUGAUGGAGACGCCUGCCCAGCCAAGUCCAAACACAACGACAUCAGCAAGGGCAUUGGCCUGAGCCAGGCUUUUUGUGGUGGUGGUGACAGGAAUGAUUGCAGCAGCAGCGGCAGUUGGGCAGGGGACAGUCGGACUUUGGUUUGGGGCCACCUCAGGAGCGCCAAGAGCCCCUACAAAAUCUAUGAAAUGGACGAUGGAGGCGAUGUUUUUGUGAAGGAGAGCGACGGCGAAAGUUGGGCGUUGGUGAUGAAGCUUUCAAAGAACGAUUUCUGCCACGGCAGCCCCAGGUGGACUGAUCAACAUGCUUUCCACGCAGACAAGAUGUUAGAUGCCAGCAUGCCCAAACAUAUGGAAUACGAUGCGAAGAGCAAGAUGUUCCACACUCUCAAGACGACGGCGAUCAAGCUCCAGACGAACAAGAAGAUGUUUGAAGAUGCAGUUGAGGUGCAUUUUGAGGAAGAAGGUACUCCAGAAACACUGAUUACCACCAACCAAAUCAAGAUCAAAGCCAAAGGAGGGUUCAACACCAAGAAGUAUUGGAAGAAGUGGGAGGCCCAAUACGGCAAUUCCAGGCAGCUUGCCCCUGCUUUUAUGCGUGCUGACAAGUUUGUGCUCGACCCGGCGCCUGAGUGCCGCAAAAAUCCAGAGAAAGGUCCGUCUGGUUGUGGCAAGGCAUGCGUUUUCUGCUUCCAAGCCGCUGACGGUAAUGGAUGCCCAGCACAUGUCAAGCACAACGACAUCAGCGUUGGCAUUGGCCUGAGUCAGAAUUUCUGCGGCGGCGGCAACAAGCAAGAUUGCAGCAGCAGUGGAAAUUGGGUGGGUGAUGCGCAAACAUUGGUUUGGGCGAAGUGGAGUUGCAAGAAGCAUCCAUCUGGAGCUUGCGCCGGCGCUCGUCAUAUGGGCUCUUGUGGAGAAUUAGAGCCCGACGAUUGCGAUACCCACUAUGUCAAGGUGAAAGCGGAUGACGGUACUGAAGCCUAUUUGCAAUGCAGGACUGUGGGUGGCCAGUGCGUGCACACGGGUCCGCCUUGCUUUGGAACUUGCCUUUGA